GACGGGUUGGCUCCGCCCCCCUUGCGGCGGGGCAGCGAGUAGCACUUCCGGCGGCGAGGCCGAGCGGCGGCAGCGGCACCAACAUGGGGCAGACCGACAUCAUGGGCACGGCCGAGGACGUCGCCGACCAGUUCCUGCGGGUGACCAAACAGUACCUGCCGCAUCUUGCCCGAUUGUGUCUAAUAAGUACUUUCCUGGAGGAUGGCAUUCGCAUGUGGUUUCAGUGGAACGACCAGCGCGAUUACAUCGAGGUGACCUGGGGUUGUGGCUACCUCCUGGCAACUUCUUUUGUGCUGAUUAAUCUAUUCGGGCAAUUAGGAGGAUGCAUCCUGAUAUUAAGUAGAAAUUUUGUACAAUACGCCUGCUUUGGACUGUUUGGAAUUAUCGCAUUACAGACAAUCGCCUACAGCAUUUUAUGGGAUCUGAAGUUCCUGAUGAGGAACCUUGCACUGGGGGGUGGCUUGCUCCUCUUGCUUGCUGAGUCCCGGUCAGAAGGUAAAAGCAUGUUCGCUGGUGUUCCAACAAUCAAGGAGAGCUCCCCCAAGCAGUACAUGCAGCUCGGGGGCCGAGUGUUGCUCAUCCUGAUGUUCAUGACCUUGCUGCACUUCAACUCGAGCUUCUUCUCGAUCAUCCAGAAUGUGGUGGGAACAGGAUUGAUUGUCCUGGUAGCGAUUGGCUUCAAGACCAAGCUGGCGGCUCUGACCCUGGUCAUCUGGCUCUUUAGCCUCAACCUCUACUUCAAUGCGUUCUGGACUGUCCCCACUUACAAGCCCAUGCACGACUUCCUCAAGUAUGACUUCUUCCAGAGCAUGUCUGUGAUCGGGGGGCUGCUCCUCGUGGUGGCCUUGGGCCCCGGUGGUGUCUCUAUGGAUGAGAAGAAGAAAGAGUGGUGAUCAGUGUCAGGUCUCCAAAGCCGCAGUCCUUUCCCCUCUUCUUCCCCCUGCUCUCUCCUCCCUCACCCAUCCUUUUCAUCCUUCUCUCCUCUCCCCCAAUUUCCUCAGUGAAUGCCAUUUUGUACCGUUUGUGUCAUUUUUGCCCAGAUUUCAGUGCAUUUGCAUAUUUGGGGGUAUUUACAUAUAUAUAUAUAUAUAUAUAUAUAUGCUCCACCUUUUUGUUUUGGUAACCUCACAGAAAUUGGGCCUUAAUUUUUAAUUUCACCAGUCAAAUAUAAAUUGAAAUCUCACAAAAAAUAUUUAGAGUUCACACAUUGUGUGGCUGUAAAAACGUGUGAGGCCCUUUUUUUUAAUUAAAAACAAUUUAAGUAAAGCUACAAUUUUGCCAGGAGGUUGAGCUCCCUUUAUAUAUUCACGUCUUGAGAGGAACUAAGAGAAGGCAUUGGAAUCGUUUCCUCUUAGGUUGCAAUCUGUGGCUGUCGGGCUGACAAGUCAUUUAAUUGCUGCACAUUACGUUUCAGUAUAAAGGUCAAAUUCUCAAAAAACGGUGGUGGCAACAACAGCUCUGAAUCUAAAAGAACACUAUAGGUUGCAUCAACUUUCGCCUCCCUCCCCAGCAACUUUUGUAUACACGGUAAUAGUUUAGGUCGGGGAGAUCUGGUUGGAAGUUGAUGCAUCCUACCCUUUUACCUACCCUUUACAUUGAUAAUGCCAACCAAUGCUUUUCAUUUCCCCUCCCCAUCCUCUCAUUCCCCAGAGCAGAGGUAGGUGGUUUACGAGUCAAGCUUUUUUACAAAAUGUGGGUUACCUAAUCCAACCCAACAUCUUGCAAAAGGAUUGAAUUAGCAUGUAGAGGAGGCCAGGCAUUUUGUGAAGCUUAACGGUUAUCUGGCUUGGGUCAAGAAAAAUAAUUGGAGCUGAGGAGAGUUCGAGGGCCCCAGAGCCAGGGGGCUGCGAAGGAGAAAUAUAAAGCAGGAUUCAUGCCGCCAUCUGGGGGAAAAGCUUACGUGCGAGUGUAGCUCAGUUCUGUCGCACUUGUGUCUAAACGUGCACUGGAUUGGAUUCGAUUGUGAUAUUUCAAUCCAUCUUCCUUUGCUGGAAAUCCUGCUGUCACUCUCCAUGGAAAAUUGCUCCCUUGUUUGAAGCCCUGUGCCCACAAACCUAUGUUCUAACGAUAGAGUACUCCCUUCCAAAGGAUGAAGCCAAAUUACAAUGGCCGCCAUCAUAUCUAAGUGUUUGGAUUUGCGUGAGGAAACAUGACAGUGACUGGGAUCCUGAAUUUCUAAAUGAAGACUGAUCAUGUUAAUGAUAUUUUACCUUCACUGCCCCCAGUGUCAAUCAACUGUGUGUGUGUCUCAGAUGAACAUGUGGGCGCACACACUGAAUUCCAAAGUGUAAAUCUUGGUCUUGCUCUCCAAGAUGCUACUGUUUAACAAAUGUUGCCACCUCCCACAGCUGUCCUGAGUUCUGUUAUUCGUGGUCCACAGAAAACCAGUUAGAGAGUUCAAUUGCCAAGUGGUGCCGGUAAAAAGUUGGUUUCCAUUUUUAAAGUACAACAAAAUAUUCUUGUGCAGUUGCCCUAAGUUACUGGUCACUGUAACUCCUGCAGGAAGGUGUUUAUGGAACAUAGUCUGGGAGUGGGAUCAGGGAUAGGCUUGGGUACAAUGCUUUCUGCAUUCAACUAGCCACCUGGCACACAUUGUUCACACUCGCACAUGACAAGUUGUUAGCCAGCAGCUUUGGGAUUGGAAAUCCUUGACAAAUUUCAAGGCGCUGGGAGAGAGGUUAUUUAUAUAAUGCAGCAAUAAAGAUGGACUCAUGCUCUGAAACCACUGUGGAGUAACCUGUCAGUAUUAGUCAAUGUGCCUGACUGGGUGGGGGAAGAGGAGAAACUGCAUUCAGCUGGAAAACUGUUCACGCAGGUCUGUAUUUUUUGUUGUUUUUUUUUGACACGCAUCAAGUAGAGUUCCUGGAAGAGCUAACUGAGCUCUCCUGCCUUAACCCAAGGGCAACGCGAGUUGCGGAAGGUCAGGAACCUUUGUUACCUUCAGAAAUUGUGUUGAUGAGUUUUAGUUGUUGAAAUAAAAGCUUUGAUUCCCUUCCCCACCCUUCCA